AAAUGAAAAUAAUAAAAGAUCAAUUUAUAUAGUCUUAUUUUUACAUUGACUUGAAUGACUAAAAUGAUAAAAUUAUUAUUGAUUUGAUAUUUAGAUUGAUAGAUAUGGUUGAGUCAUUUGCACCACAGCCACCACCGGAAUUCUCAUUUUCCGGCGCCAAGCCUUUCCAUCUCAUCACAAACGCCGCCGCUCUCCGCCUUGGUCACUUUCUCCGUCACAGCUUCGCCACCCAUCGCCACCACUUAUUUGGGUCAAUCCUGCACUCACCUUUGAAGAUCCCUCAUUUUGGCCAUGUUCUUCCGCUAAAUGAAGUUUCUUGUAGAAACUUACACCAAUUUAAUUGGUUUGAUUUUCCUCAAUGGUCUCAUGAUGUCUGGACAACCACACUCUCAAGCUGCAUGUAUUUAUUUGGUGAAGGAAACAAUAUCAAUUAUGGAGACCAAGAAAAGGCAUACUUACGGGCUCCAACAAGAGGUCCCGUUAAUAAAAGAAGAUUGACAAAUAUGUUGCUUGCCAUUAAUGUGUUGGUAUACAUUGCACAAGUAGCAUCAAAAGGGGAGUUGAUAAUGUGGGGAGCAAAGAUUAACAGUCUCAUCAACAAAGGUGAGCUGUGGAGGCUAGUAACCUCUUCCUUUCUACAUGCAAAUGUUGGACAUCUUAUGAUUAAUUGUUAUUCUCUAAACUCCAUUGGACCGAUCAUGGAGCAUCUAAGUGGCCCCAGAAGAUACCUUGCAAUUUAUAUGACCUCUGCAAUCACAAGUUCAGCCAUGAGUUAUUGGCUCAGUAAAGCACCAUCAGUUGGGGCAUCAGGGGCGAUUUUUGGAUUAGUUGGAUCCUUUGCCAUAUUUGUAGUGAGACACAACAACCUGGUUAAAGGUGGUGUAGGAGACUUGAAGCAUGUUGCACGUGUGAUCGCCUUAAAUAUGGCUAUUGGGAUGUUGUCACAAGGUAUUGACAACUGGGGACAUCUUGGAGGGUUAGUUGGUGGAAUUGCUACAUCAUGGCUUAUUGGUCCUGCAUGGAAGUUUGAAUCAGAAUCUUAUCUUGGAAGAAGAGUACUUGUCGAUAAAGCACCAAUAUUCUCUCUUCCAGGCACAAAACCAGCAUCUCAGUAACUCCUCUCAUGACCAUCAUAUAGUCUCAUUAUUUGCAAGUACGAACCAUAUUCUAUUUGUGUAAUUUUUUACUUAAACAAUGAUAAGGUUCGUAUCUAUUGCACCUGUUGGAAGUUAGUGAUAUUAAAGUUGCCGAAGAUUCAUAGAUUAGUUACUGUUGGUUUCUAGUGUCUUCGCUGAAAGCUUGCAUGUGAUUAGUGACAUUAGUAUUGAAUUGUUCUGGCUGUAUAGCUUCUGAUAUUUGUAUCACACCAUUUUUCUUUGAAACAAGAUGCAUUAAUCCUUAUGGAA